CAUACGGUGGCACUUGAAAAGAAAUAAGGCAAGAAGCUAUGAGAACUCUGCCUUUCCAAGGUUUCCCAUCUCUGUACAUCACAGGGGCAUCCCCAUGGACGCAGAGAGGCCCAUCCCUUCCUCCCACAACCCUCAACAACAACCAUUCUUUCCUCGGAAGAACAUGGAAACUGAAUGCAGGGGCCAAGGGUUUCGGUAGUCAAGCGGCCGUUACGGUGUCGGAGAGGAGAAGAAGCCAGAAUGGAAACGGCAGUGACAAAACCAGUGGCGGAGACAACGACGACGACGACGACGACGAUAAGAUCCCAUCGGUAGUAUUCGAGAGGAUGAUCGUUCGGAUAUUGUUCUACGUGGGCACUCCAAUGGCUAUAGGCGUGGCGUUGCUACCUGUAUUCGAAACACUGAAGGAUCGACAUAUAUGGGAUGUGCCACUUUGGCUGCCUUUCUUGACAACCUUGGUUGCGUUUGGAACAUCGGCACUUGGGAUUGCUUAUGGGACUCUUUCUACGAGUUGGGAUCCGGACAAGAAGGGCUCGCUUCUUGGGUGGGAGGAAGCUCAGAAGAAUUGGCCUGAGCUGUGGAGAGAGGAAGAGUAGAACUAUAAAGAGAAGAGAUUAAUUACUCACAAAUAAAGAUGUAUUAUCAUGUGUUUUGUUAAUUUUGCUUUUUUGCUUUGUUCUUAGAACUCAAUGAAACGCUGUUUAUGAUACAACUUUCGGA